AUGGAAAAUGAAUAAAUGUGUAAAAAUCACCCUAAAUAAUCUCUUAGUUGGAUUUGUUUAGAAAGAAAUUGUUAAUAAAGAGUAAUGUGUUCAACAUGUGCUGUUAAAUUACAUGAUCGUAAUCAUAAAUUAGAGGAAUUAAAUAAUAUUUAUGAGAAUGGUUGUUUAGCUACAUAUUUUAGUAAUAAAAAGAACUCAUCAGCAGGAUUAUUAUAAUUAAUUAAUGGUGAAUAAGAUAAUGUUUUUGAGAAUGAAUAAUAUGAUGAUUAUUUAUAAGAAGGAAUUGAAAGAUGUUUAAGAAAUGUUUCAAAAAAAAUAGAAGAAACAAAGAAUUAGUUAAUUAAAUAACAUGAAAAAUUGAAAGAGGAUAAAAUAAAUGAAAGAAUCAUUUUUAUUGCUAAAUUAAAUGAAUUAGAUCAAAAAUUGAAGACAUCUUCAAAUUUGGAAUUAGACAUUGAAAAUGCAUUUUAAUAAAUAUAAUCAUUUGCUUAAAAGAAAGAAUUGGAAAUGGCUAACAAUAAAGAAAGUGCAAUACUUUUAAGAAAAAUUCGUUUACUUGAAUUAAUGAAAGAUAACUUUCUAAAAAUGAUAAAAUCAUAUUUCCAUAACUAAUUUACAGCUGAAUUUUGCCAUUUAUUUGAUAUGUAAAUAGAGACUUUGAAUGCUAAAGAAGUAGAUGAUGUAUAAGGAUUUUUAGAUUAUAUGGAUUCAAAAUGGAAAUAAGAUUAUCGUAACAUAUAAUUAUCAAUCGAAAAAUUUGUGGCUCGUUUGAAUGAAGGUUUAAAAUAUUGUAUAGGAAUGCCACUAGAAAAUUCAAAGAAAUAAUUAAUAGUACGAUCUCCAAUGAGACAAUUCCCAAUCAAUAUACAAACACCAACUUAUUAGCAUUUUACAUCUCCAAAACAAGUAGAAUUCACAAAAUCUUAAGAUAUAUAUUAAGAGCCCAGUUAGAGAAAGAAUAUAAAGAUAGAACCCGUUAGUUAGAGUCUUUAAUAGUAUUAGUGAG